ACCGAUUGAUAAAUAAUUCCGGAGAGGCCUUCAAGCCAAAGCAGCGGUAGUGGAGUGAACGGACGACUUUACAACGUUAAAUUUAGGCUUGUUUAUCUGCAGUAAUGCCGUAUGCUAACCAGCCGACGGUGAAAAUCACAGAGCUGACUGACGAAAAUGUCAAGUUUGUCAUUGAAAACACUGACCUGGCGGUUGCAAACUCGAUUCGGCGGGUCUUCAUGUCAGAAGUUGCUACCAUAGCAAUUGACUGGAUCCAGAUUGACGCCAAUUCAUCAGUACUUCAUGAUGAGUUUGUUGCACACAGAGUUGGCCUCAUACCUCUUACAAGUGAUGACAUUGUGGACAAAAUGCAGUAUUCUAGGGACUGUACCUGUGAUGAUUUUUGUCCAGAGUGUUCUGUUGAGUUGACACUGGAUGUUCGAUGCACUGAAGACCAGACUCGCCAUGUCACAUCACGUGACCUUUUGUCAAACAACCCCAGAGUCAUUCCGGUGACUUCCAGGAGUCGAGACAACGAUCCCAAUGACUACGUAGAACAAGAUGACAUUUUACUGGUGAAGCUUCGCAAAGGUCAGGAACUGCGGCUCAGGGCGUACGCCAAGAAAGGCUUUGGAAAGGAACAUGCCAAGUGGAACCCGACAGCGGGGGUGUCCUUCGAGUACGACCCAGACAACGCGCUCCGGCACACCGUCUACCCACGCCCUGAGGAGUGGCCAAAGAGUGAAUACUCAGAGAUUGAGGAGGACGAGGUUCAAGCUCCCUAUGACCCCAAUGGAAAGCCAGAAAGGUUUUUUUAUAAUGUCGAGUCGUGCGGUUCUCUGCGACCAGAGACCAUUGUCAUGUCGGCUCUAGCUGUCCUGAAGAAGAAGCUGAGUGACCUGCAGACACAGCUGAGCCACGAGAUCCAGAGCGACGUGCUCACCAUCAACUGAGGGCCACUCCCUAACAGCAGGACCUGCAUUUAAACAGCUUCUUAAUGGAAUGGAAUUAUAUGUAUCCUCCCUGGGUACUGGCCUUGGAUCUCUAUGUCUCUGUUAUCAAAGGCCAACUGGUGAUUCUUGAACUAUCGGAAGUUUGAACCAAUGAGGCUCUUCUGGGCUAGCGGUUAUAAAUACUAUUAUGUUAAAUGUUUCAUUAUUAGGAAUCAUCCCUCAUUGUUAAUGCUAUUUGACCCCCUUGUACAAAAUAACACAUGCUAUGAAAUUGAUUUUCAUUUAUUUGGACAUGUCUUUUUGAAAUAAUUUCAGGAUCGGCAGUGAUUAUUAAAUAAGCUGUGUGAGCUAACCCAUCCAGUGCAAGGUCAGGGUCUGAAAGGGAGUUGAUCUCAGGCUGAUACACACUUAGUUUUGUUGUUGGCAGUGUAAUGCCUACACUGUCAGAUUAUUACUUUGUUAAAUGUUGCUUUUUUUAAAUAAAUCCAUUUUGAAGGA